GGAGACACUGUCAGUCUGGAAACACUGGAGGGAAGACAAACUGAAGAAAAAGCUGAUUGUUAGUGAGAUUAAACAGAAAUAAACACAGUCAUGGAUGUCUCCCACAGCUGCUCUUGUCUUUGCAAGAUGAAACAGCAGCACAUCUUCCAGACCAGAUCCACCUCCAGACCCCAUCAGCCUCUCCUCCACCCCAGGACCCUGCUCCUGCUCCCCCUUCUGCUCCUGCUCUGUCUCUCCCUGUGGAGCCACCAAGCCGAGGCCCUGGUCCACUCCAGCUUCAGACGCCUCAGCGGCCGAGAGAAGAAGGAGAUGCAGAAGGAGAUCUUGUCCAUCUUGGGUCUGCCGGGGAGACCCAGACCUCACCCGCCGCUGCGGCCGCCCUCCUCUGCCCCGCUCUUCAUGCUGGACCUGUACCACGCCAUGUCGGCCGACGGGGAGGACGAAGGGAAUGAGAUUAUUGUGAACGGACCGGGGAUGGGGAGGUUCGGAGGGGCAGAGAGGCUGGCUCAGGUCAGCCACGCCGUCCUGCCAACCCUCAGCACGCACACGCCACCGCUGGGCACGGUGGUCAGCGAGGCCGACACGGUGAUGAGCUUCGUCAACCUGGUGGAGCAGGAGCGCGACCUCCUGCAGCCUCGUCCGUACUGGAAGGAGUUUCGCUUCGAUCUGACGCCCCUCCCUCAGGGCGAGACGGUGACGGCGGCAGAGUUUCGUAUCUAUAAGACCCUGACGAUGGGCCAGAGGGCCAACCGAACGCUGCACAUCUCCGUCUACGAGAUCCAGCGAGAGAGCAGACACAGAGAGCCAGAGCUGGUGCUGCUGGACAUGCAGUCGGUGCCUGCAGGACAGGAGGGCUGGCUGGCCUUUGACGUCACCUCGGCCUCCAACCACUGGCUCCUCCACCCCCGCAGCAACCUGGGCAUACGUCUCUAUGUGGAGACAGAGGAGGACCGCUCCCUGUCUGCAGGCUGGAUCGGGCUGGUGGGACGCAGGGGUCCUCGCUCCAAACAGCCCUUCAUGGUGACCUUCUUCAGGGAGAGUCAGGUCCCGUGUCGGCCGCCACGAGCUGUUAAACCUCAUCCCCGAAGGAAGAAACCCAAAUAUGACCUCCCAGUCCCCAGCAUCCACAAUCGAAGUCCUGCGAACAACGGAGGUCAGCCCUGUAAAAAACACGAACACUACGUCAGCUUCAGUGACCUGGGAUGGAAGGACUGGGUUUUGGCCCCCACUGGAUAUUCAGCGUACUACUGUGAUGGAGAGUGUUUUUAUCCUCUGGGCUCCUGCAUGAACGCCACUAACCACGCCCUCAUCCAGCAAGUGGUCCACCUGCUGAAGCCUGACGAGGUUCCUAAGGCGUGCUGCGCCCCCACCAAGCUCAGCCCCAUCUCCGUCCUCUUCUAUGACGACAACAACAACGUCAUCCUCAAAAAACACCGUAACAUGGUUGUGAAGACCUGUGGGUGUCUAUGAGGAUCAGUGAGUUUCCACUUGGACAAUAAAGAGUCCACAACCGAUCAAAAAUGUAAAUGAAGCCCCCCCACCACCCCAGACAUGAACUCUGCAGAAACCUUUAACUUUAACAAACAGAUUGGUUGACAAAGGUACCAAAUAUCUGACUGAACAGGUUUUUGACUCUGAGUUUAAGUUCUAAAUUACAGUAUUUUAUGGAUCUUCAGUAUUUGUUUAUGUCCAUAUUACUGGCUCAGCCUUUGCACUCGAUAGUUAAAGUACUUAUUUGACACCUUUUCAAUUCAAAUUUAAUCUUCAUAGUCAGACUUAAUGGGCAUAUUUGGUAGCAGAAUAUACUUUCAUUGAUGCCUGUUUUGUUUAUAUAAAGAAGGAAGAUAAAUGAAAGCACUACAACUGAAAGU